AUGGGCAACAAAUUCCUCCUCGCUCUCCUCACACUCUCCGCGAUUUUCCUCUCGCUCCACGCCGAGGCCGACGGAUCGUCCUCCGCCGAUCCGGAUCCGUCGAGGUCUCUGCUCCAGAAUGCGGAGCCGGAGGGAACAGGUGCGGAUCCUCCGUUGGAGGCGGAGGCUCCGGCGCCGGCGGAGUGGGAGAGCAGGAAGAUCGGGAAGCACCACCACUCGUCGGAUGGGUCGGUGGCGGGCGGCGGAGUCAUCAUCGGCGGGCUCGUAACCGUCGCUAUCGCCGCGGUUUAUUGCUACAUUCGAGUCACUAGGAGAAAGCGCAGUGAUAAUUUGACUUGA